GCGGACUUCUUAAUGUUGCUGCAAUCUUCCAGCAAUGUUGCAGCAAUGUUUUGCAAUCAAAAUGCAAUAUUACAAUGUUUUAAUGAAAUCAUUUUGCAAUGUUCCUGCAAUCUCUCUGUGCUAUAUGGGUCCUACUGAUACUUACUAAUUGUUAGUUAAAAGCGAUAUAUCGCGAUUAUUACUUCCGGAACCGUUUAUCAGCAACUUCAAGUGAGUGCAAUUCUAACCUAAAAAUCAUCAGAGUCAGGCAUACUUGGGAUUCACUUUAUAUAUGUUCUGUGGGAUUCACCCAAGAUAUCGUCGUGUCUUACGCGUUCACAUUUUGAUCUUCAUUUUCUGAAAUGGUCGAAAAGAAAAAAAGAGAAAGAGGUUCCAAUUUCUCUAAUAAAGAAAUUGAAAUAUUAGUUUCAAUCAUUCAAGAAUUGAAAAAUAUAAUAGAAUGCAAAAAAAAGAUGCUACAACUUGGCAAGACAAAGAUGCUGCAUGGGAAAAUGUAGCGAAAGAAUUUAAUUCCAAUUCCGGUGAAGUUUUUUGAUCCAAAAAAGCAUUAAAAGCUAAAUAUGAAGAUAUUAAGAAAAACAUUUAAAAAAAUUGGCUAAUAAUAGAUUAGAACAAUUUAAGCCUGGUGGAGGUGAACCAAAAAUUCUCCACUUAACUGGUAUCGAAGAAAAUAUUAUUUUGAUGCUGCCGUCAUCUAUAGAAGGAUUACCAUCUGUGUGGGAUAGUGAUCAACCAGAUCAGCCAAAUAUAAAAGCCAAUCAAAAUGAUGCAACAAUUGCAAAUAUGCAGCAAUGUUCUACAGACACUAGCAACUCUAUAGAGUUUGACGAAGUAUGUAUGGAUUUGACUGGCACAAAAUCAGAUGAUGAACAAUUUGCUGUAGAAUACUUAAUCAAUUCUGACAAAGAGAAUAAUAAUGGAAAUGAAAAAUUUGACCUUCAAGAUUAUAACCAAGUAACUAAGAAAGCAAUUACUUACGAGACUGAUGUUUCUGUAUUGAAAAAGAAAAUAACGCCAGAACUACGUACUGUUAAAAAGUUAAAGAAAAUACACCAACAAAUUUCACAUGAAUCUUCAAAACGAGAAAUGAAAGAAGAACUUCAAGAAAUAAGAAAAAAGAUAUUAAAGAAAGAACUAGAAAUUAAAGAAAAUCAAUUCUUCGCAGAACUUGAGAUAAAUGCAGAAAGAUUAAAAACUACUAAAGUUGAAAGCGAAAUGAGAUUAUUACAAAAACAGAUAAAGGCAGCUAAAUUAAAAAAAAUUACAAACGUUGUGAUUAACAUAUAAAAUUACUAUCUUUAAUUUCUAGUCUUUCUUUAUUAAUUUGAUACUAAAAGAGAGAGAAAGAAAGAGUGUAUGUGUAGAUUCUAUUACUAGAAUAGAAUAGUUUAUAUAUUUCUUCCAUUCUUUCCCAGAUAGCACACAGUAUUCAAAAAGAAUUCAGAUUUAUGUCAUCAAUUCUGAGUUUAUUUU